CUUACAGUUCUUCCGGUGACGUCACGUCCUGUCCCAUUCUCCUUCCUUUCCGCGUCGGCCAUUUGUGUUGAACGACGAGCUGAUUGACUGUCAUCAAGUAAACUCAACAUGCAGAACGACGCUGGUGAAUUCGUGGACCUGUACGUCCCCCGUAAAUGCUCUGCUAGCAACAGAAUCAUUGGUGCCAAGGAUCAUGCCUCCAUCCAGCUCAACAUUGCUGAGUUGGAUCGGGCAACAGGCAGGUUCAAUGGACAGUUUAAAACCUAUGCCAUCUGUGGAGCCAUCCGUAGAAUGGGUGAAGCUGAUGAUUCUCUCCUAAGGCUUGCAAAGAACGACAGCAUUGUAGCAAAGAACAUCUAAAUGUAAUGAUGGGCUCCUGAUGUGUCUUUGUAAAAUAAACUAAAACUUACA